AUGCCUUCAUCCGACAGUCUUGGGAGGCGGGCCUCACACGGCGCUGCCAGCCUGGCGGCGUCGGCAUCCUCUAUCCAUGGCGCAGCAGUUGGGUUUCGAGAAGGCCUGGGUCUGGCUGGAGUUGCGAGGAGGACGUUGGGAAUCUGCUUCCUCCUGUUGACGGUGUUUCUAUGGACGAUGUCCAACUUUCUCACCAGCUUCGUCUUUUCCAAUACAACCUACGAUAAGCCCUUCUUCCUCGUCUAUGCCAACACCUCCAUGUUCGCCAUCUCUCUUAUACCCAUGUUUAUUCGAUAUCUGCUCCAGAAAGGAUUCCACGGACUGCGGAGCGACGUCAGGCGCAUGUGGGCGGAACAUCGAUACCAAGCCGCCCCGGGCAGUCCUACAACAGACGAAGAAGAUCAGCAAGCCCAAGAGCGCUUGCUAGUAGACGAACGAGAUCCUACGACACCAAUCUCGACUCCUUCAAAAGAGAAGCUCAGCUUCCGAGAAACCGCAGUGCUGAGCCUCGAGUUCUGCAUGCUGUGGUUCCUCGCAAACUAUUUUGCGUCGGCAUGUCUCGAGUAUACCAGCGUCGCCAGCGUCACGAUCCUCACCUCCACGAGCAGCGUCUGGACACUGGUGUUUGGCUCCAUGUUUGGCGUCGAGACCUUUUCCCUGCGCAAGCUGGUUGGAGUCGUGGCGUCUCUUACCGGCAUCAUACUCAUUUCCAUGGUGGACCUAUCGGGCAAGAGUGACGAGAACAGAGGAUCGUUCCCGCACAAGACUCCCGGGCAGAUUGCGCUGGGAGAUGCAAUGGCGUUUCUGAGCGCCGUGGUCUACGGCAUAUAUGUCACCGUGAUGAAGCGACGAGUGGGUGACGAGGACAAGGUCAACAUGCAGCUGUUCUUUGGGUUGGUGGGAGUGUUUAAUCUGGCCUUGCUGUGGCCGCUCUUGUUUGUCCUCCACUGGACGGGCCUCGAACCGUUUGAGCUGCCUCCUACGAGCCAGAUCUGGGCCAUCAUCAUAGUCAACGCAAUUGCGUCUUUUGUCAGUGACAUAUCCUGGGCACUGGCCAUGCUCCUGACGACGCCGUUGGUCGUCACCGUGGGCCUGUCUCUGACCAUCCCGCUGUCGCUCAUUGGCGAGAUGGUCCAGUACCAGCAGUAUUCCAGCGGCAUUUACUGGGUCGGCGCGGCCGUUGUCUUUGUCUCAUUUGUGUUUGUUAAUCACGAGACAAAGGAGGAGGACACGAGCAAAGGGGUAAACGCCACAGCAGGUCUCGGCUCGGCCUCCGACCCUGAUGGUGCCGAAUGA